AUGGCUAUCCCUCUCCAGCCACAGCCCACGACCGACGUCGAACGCAUGACUGACAUCAUCGUCGAUGCCUUCGCCGCCAUACCUCUGCUAUACACAUUCGUCGUUGAGAUCGAUGCGCUUCCGCCUCCCUAUCCGUCCUCAGCUAUCGAUCGAGUCCGUCGUCGUGCCUUUUACGAGCAAGGCAUAGCGAGUCUCAUGAAAGACGGCGCUGUGGCUGUACAGGCUGGCAAUUGGUCCGCAGUUGCGAUCUGGGAGCCUCCUGGCUUUGCUGGCAAGCCUUUCACCAACGCCGGCUUCGCAGGCCCGCUGCGAACGGAAUGGCGGGCUCGAGUAGCUGCCGCAAAGAAGAAGCAUCUUGGAGACAAGCCCUUCUGGCACUUGGCAUUCCUUGCCCGGAAUCCCGAUAUUGAUAGCAUACCGGGCGCCAUCUCUGCACUCAUACGGCCUUAUGUGGAAAGAGCAGUGGCAGACGGCGUACCUGCAUGGCUCGAGGCUAUCGAUACAAGAGGUGUUGAGAUUUACGAACACUUUGGGUUUAAGCUGGUAGACCAUGUGGUGGUUGGGAAAGGCACACACAGCGCGACGGGCUGGCCUGAGGAUGGCGGCGAAGGUGUUUCGGGAUACUGCAUGAUCCGCGAGCCAUAA